GACGUCAAGAUUGCUGUAAAACACUAAUCGUGGACAUUAUCCAUCUUUUACGAUGGCUCAACGAUCUUGUUGUGUACCCGGCUGUGAUAUGAAGCUUGGAGGUGGAUUACCGCUACAUCGGUUUCCCAAUCCAAAUAAUCCUGCCCAAAUAGAACGAUUCCGUACUUGGGUUAUGAGAAUUGGAGGUGACAUUAUUGGAGAAGAAAAUCAAUUUAUUCAUAGAAACAGAAAAGUGUGUCAUAGACACUUUGAAGACAUUUACACAUAUCCGAAUAUGAGACUCACUUCACUGGCAAUCUCAUCACUUCAUAUUCCAGGUGUACAUGUCACUGGAGGCAGGCCUCUUGAGUCAAGAUCUGCUGAUGUACUAACUGUGCCUGCAGUAAUGGAUACAGCUACUCCUUCUACUUCAGUUGAAAAGGACACAGCCGUUCUGUUAAAGACAGUUCGCCGUAAGGUUGGUACGCCUUUGACUGCAACAGAAACGCAACUAAAAGAAAUUAUAUCGGAGACAAAGUCCAAAUUACAAGACGGAAAAACUAAAUUAGCAUCAUGGUCUCACAUAGAGGCGCUGUACAAUCGUGGACCAGGAUACAAAGGAGUGAAGCUGGUGAACAAAUUAACAGCUCAACAUGUCAUUCCAAAUCUAAUACCAAAAAUGAGAGUUAAACACUGUACACAAGUGUUCAGUGAAGGUGUUGGCCGAACAAUGGGAUAUAUGGCAGAGACCGGGAGGCUACCAAAAGGAAGUGAGGACACUGCUGAUCUACUUUUAUUUUUUGAUCGCUUAUUUGAUAGUGUUAAUGGCAACUACCACAAACCUGCAACAGGAAAAAUUUAUAGAAGUGCUGUAAAACCACGAUCUCCGCACCGUACUUUAUGGUUUGAAAUCUAUACUGCUGCGCAAUAUAUAUCAAGAUCCUCUUGA